AUGUCUUUUCGUCAAAUCACUGGCACAGAUUCUCUUUUUUUUCAACUUCAUCAUCUCAACAAAUCUUCUUCGAGUCACAACAGACACAUUCAUGAAGAUUCAUCCCUUCUCGAACACGUGGAACGCUUUCAAUUUGCUCUCUUUUCAAACAUUCGCACAGAAGGUCUUCGAGAACGUGAUCCUCUCGUUCGGGAAUACGAAUUGACUCUCGAAAGAAGAUUUCAACAGCAACAACAAUUAAAUUCCAUGUAUCGGUCGUCAGCCACUUUGAGUCCAUCUCUUUCGUCGAAUGCACCAUGUGGAGAAGAACACGAAGAUGAUGACGAUGAUGAUCAUGUCAUGUUAUCAGAUGAGCCAGAAUUGGAAGGUUCGGAAGUCACACUGGACUCGGUGAGUCGAGGAUUGAAUUUUGAUUUAAAUGAAGGAUAUAUCAAUGAAGAGGACAUGAUGGCAUCUGGUGUGGUUUAUGGAGAGGAUGAUGAGCAAGCCGUUGUGUAUGAAGGUUGA